AUGGCAUCCACAGCUGCCAGUUCAAGUGCUAGCCAGGUUGGUGGUCUCCCAUGGAUCGAUUGCCCCAAAUGCAAGAUCCAGGUCAUUAGGCGCAAGAGCAAGGCUGGCAAUAUGUAUUACACUUGCCCCAAUAAUUUCCCGAACGAUGACACUUGUGGGAACUGCUGGUUUGAGGAUCAAUACCUGGCCUAUCUGCGCGCCAAUCAUCCAGACAAGCUUAGGGAUGUGGAAGUGGAAGGUGUACAAGGCCCUUUUGUUGCUCCUGCGGUUCAAGUUAUAGAACAAAAGAGUGACACAAAGAUUGGGAUGAUGGACUUGAAGGUUCAGAUCAGUGACUUGAAGGUUGACAUUUUAAAGUUGAAGCAGGAGCUAAAAGAAUUGAAGAAUGGAGGAUUAAACAAGGCUUUUAGCUUAGGCAAUGCAUUAGUUGCUGUGGUGAUGCUAAAUCUGUUUGUAAGCCUCUUACUUGUAGCAGUUUGGAAAUGA